GUAUUAAAAUUUUUUUAUUGACAGAUUAAAAAUGGGGUUAGACAUCAAGUCAGUCCUAAUAGUGGACGGUGUAGGUCAGAACUGUGCCAAAAUUCUGACAUCCCACGGCAUCCCGAAUGUUACUAAAGCUAAAAUAACUAGCGACGAAUUGCUGAAGGAAAUCGGUAACCACGAUGGUUUGGUAGUGAGGUCGGCCUCUCAGGUAACCAAGGAGGUACUUAACGCUGGUACCAAGUUGAAGCUGGUUGCUCGCGCAGGCGCCGGCGUUGAUAAUAUCGACGUGGCUGCAGCAGGGAAGAAAGGGAUCGCAGUUAUCAACGCACCGGGAGCAAACGCACUUAGUGCUUCGGAAUUUACUUGCGGGCUGAUGCUGGCCUUGGCUAGGCACAUCGCCCCAGCUGCUACUGACUUCAAGAACGGGCAAUGGAUGCGGGCCAAGUACACGGGGACUGAACUCCAUGGCAAGACUCUCGGAGUCAUCGGUCUUGGUCGUGUUGGUAGACAAGUGGCUACCCGGAUGAAUGCUUUCGGCAUGAUGGUAAUUGGAGUGGACCCGUUCCUCUCAGCCGCGCAGUGUGAGGAGUUUAACACCACUAAGGUGCAGCUGGAUGAGUUGUGGCCCAUCGCGGACUACAUCACUCUGCAUACUCCCCUUGUUGAGAAGACUAAAAAUCUGAUAAACGCUGAGGUCUUACGUAAAUGCAAGAAAGGUGUGAAGAUCAUUAAUGUGGGUCGUGGAGGACUCAUCAACGAGCAAGACCUGUUGGACGGUCUCAACUCCGGACUGGUUAGUGGGGCAGCCCUGGAUGUUUUUGAACGCGAGCCUCCAAUUGAUCCCGUGACUCUAUUGAUCGUACAGCAUUCUGCUGUACUGUGCACCCCUCAUCUGGGUGCAUCGACUGAAGAAGCCCAAAUACGCGUGGGAGAGGAGAUCGCGGAGCAAAUUGUGAAUCUGGUCAAACCAGGCACGUUUGCUACUCCAAUCGCUGAGAUUACUCGUAUCCUGCGCAAGUAAACAGCCGGAGUUUAAAUUUCUAUCCCUACACGGAGAUCAGAAAUUCAUAAAUGUUGUGUGUUAAGUGUCUAUUUAAACAUCAAUAAAAUGCAUUAGAUCUGAAACAAAAGAUCCUAAUGUAGUCUCAGUACAUGGCAUAUGUAUUAAACUAUUGCUAUUAUCCACAACGAGUGAGAUAAACAUACUGUAGGUUGUAUCCCUAACUCUACCCUUCUUGCCUAUGAACACGAAAUUAAUAUUUACUCGUAUAAUAUAAAGUGAUACUUGUGUGAUUUUUUUAAAUAAGACGGUUAGGGUAAUUUUGAGUGGAAUGGUGACCCUUGUCUAAGCUGCGGCUGUAGCGGGGCGCCAGUGGAGUGAAAGAACGAGUGAAAGAAGAUAGAAGUCUUACUAUUAAAGGCAAUCGAAAUUAAAUUAAAUUAACGUGUCAAACGAUAAAAUAUUAUUCGAACUUAAAUAUUACAGGAAAUUAAUUAAAAAGGCCAAAAAUAUAUUUUUUAUAUGAUUUUCGACUUUACACAUAUAUAUUAGGUGCGUUUUAGAUUUUAUCACAAUUACAUUCACAGGUUAGCCUGCGUGUUACUUAGGCCUAUUUGGACUAAUUCCUGGUUUUUAGGGCGGACCAUCUAAAGGUCGACCAGGAUUGCAAGCAAUGGGACCAAUAGUCUCCAUUACUCGCAAUUUCUUCAACCCAUUUUAUUAUAGGUUAGUUGGAUAGGUAUUGUAAAGGUUAGUAGGUGAACACUAUUACUAAAUUACCAAAGUAUCUGCGUAUACUGUUACGACUCUCUUAUUAUUCUUUCUAUUUUGUCUUAUAAGUUGUUUUCUGAUAUUUUCACUAUUAUUAUAUAAAAUUAGUUUAUUAAAAUAAAAAUCUGGACAGAAAUCAAGAAUGUUUUAAAUCAAUUAGGUAUUAUUAAUUAUUAUUUCUACUGUGAAUCUUACUUGUAUUAUUUAGGUCGUUCUCAAUCCCAAGACAAUAAGUAGAUAUAUUAUAUACUCGUACCUAAGUAUAUACCUUUGUCAUCGCAAUUAAAUAUCACUUGAAUGCAGGGAUUAUUAUAUUUUGUCUUCUUAACUUUUAAGUAUUACUUAUUUAUUAACACAUAAUGUCUUACAAUGUUCUACCGAUUACGAACCUAUAUAUGGUACCUAUCUAUAGAAAUAAAACUGUGUAUCCGAAA